AUGUUGGUAUUUAUAUGUUUGCUCCUAGCUAAUAUUUUAGGUAUAAAAAGUAUAGAGGUAGCUACAAAAUUGCCUCCAAAAGUUCACAAUGUUAUAAGCAAAGCGAACAUCGGCGAACUCAAAGUUCUUCUUAAUGGUUCUAGAAGAAUUCUUAAUGGUGAUGAAGUUAGGAACAAUAGGCCUUACAUGGUAUAUUUGAAACUACCGUCAAAUAAUCCCAGGUACAAAGAUUACCGUCGUUGGGUCUGUGGGGGAGUUAUAAUACAUGACGAGUAUAUCUUGACGUCAGCGGCUUGUAUAGAAGACGCAAAACAUUUUUAUGUCGUUUCGGGGACGUAUAGGUACAGUGAAGAAGACGAUCGAUACAGCAAUCCCUGUAUAAAAAAUGGCGCUAAAAAAGCUGUCUGGAAGUGUGUUCCACGAAACUACGUAUUCGAUGGCCACGAAAACGAUAACAUCCGUUGGAUGAACAACGACAUAGCGAUAGUUAAAGUAGAAGAUGAUUUCGACUUCAACCGUCGCGUGAGGGGCUGUGAUUUUGUCCCCAAACCCAUCUGCUAUAAUAACCAGACGAGUCGGCUUGAGGAACCAGGGAAUAUAGCUUCCAUAGCUGGAUGGGGCAGCACCGAUAAGUAUAAUAACUGGGUAAACAAACGGAGCGGUGUAACUCAAGACCUCUUGGAGACAAACGUGAUUAUUGUCUCCAAAGCACGAUGUAAGCAUCGCUGGGGGGCACGCUACCACAAUAUUAUCGAUAACUACAUGAUCUGCACAAAAGACACCAUACCGGAGCUGAGCGAGGCUUGUCUGGAGAAAUACACCGACUGCACGGAUAUAAUGUAUUCAGGUGAAUUCGCGUCUGGAGAAGGAAGACGAGUGAACCCGAACGAAACCCUUGUUCACAGCGCACACCACGUGUCUGGGAGACGUCAGAAAGCUGGCAGUGGAGGCUUUUGUGAAAACGACCAUGGAGGCCCUCUCGUAUAUGGGUCGGGAGCUAACGCAGUUGUCAUAGGAGUCAUAUCAGCUUGCCUCGUGAAGGAAAGGACCAAUAAAUGCCAUGGGCCAUUUCUUUACACCAGCGUCUUCAAAAACAGGAUUCUUAUCAAUUGCGCUAUUUACAAGGAUGUGAGGGGCGAUUGUUCUAAACUGUUUCGAACAAGCGAAACUCACAUAGAAGAAGACAUAAGUUGGGUUGACCAUCCCGAUGGGCCAGCUAAGAAUGAAAUAACAAAAAUGAGACGCAACAAAGAUGCCCAGAGUAACACAACAGAUGACAUAAGGGCUAUUAAAACGACACCGCGUGACAGUAUAAUGCGACACGGUGGAGUUGUUUUGAGAGCUUCAGAAGACCAAGGCCGUAAUGAGAAUAGGACGAUUUAA